AGCCCAGGCUGCGAACUCCCUUCUUCUUCAGCUUCAAGAACUGAACAGGGAAGCGGUGCCAGUGUCAAAGCUUACAGCAAAUCCAGCAACUUGGGGUUGAUCGGAGCUUGAAUAAGAGCAGCAGGCAACGGUUGGAGGAGAUGGCGGCGGACAAAACUGGAACUUUGAGCAGAAAGCAACUGAUCCUCACGUCUCUCUGCCGACACUUGAACGUGAACUACGAAUUAGUUCUGCGUAGUGUAUAUCCGGGCAGUAUCGAGGAAACUGACAUAAAAGACCUGUGCUUGACGGUGGCAAACAUGUCAGAUACGUCAGCAAAUGGGUCUGCUUGGUCUGACAAUGAAGAGGUGGCUAAAUGGAUAGCUUUUGCUGGGGGUUUUCCUGCUAAUUCUGAAGCAUGUCUUGGAGCCCUCGAAAAGUUGAACGAGAAUUUGGCCACAAAGUCAGUUCUACUAGGAAAUGGUCUCAAAGUCUCUGCUGCCGACGUGGUGGUGUUCUCGGCAAUUUACUCCUCUGUGGUUGGCCUUUCAACUAUGGAUGCGCUCAAGUUUCCACAUCUUUUGAGAUGGAUGGAUCACAUUCAGAACAAAGCAAACUUCGGGGAUAUGUUUGAAAAGAUACCAGUGGAGAAGCCUUCCUUUGUGCCUCACGUAACAAAAACAAUUGUCAAGGUGGAAGAAGAUAACCCGAAGAAGAAUGUACAAAGUACAAAAACUGCACCAAAAUCAGAACCUGAAACAACUGUGAAGAAGAGUGAAACUGCGAAACCAAAGGCCGACGCUGAACCUAAUGAGGAGAAGAAAAAGGUACCCGAAGCAGAAGCAGCAGCGAAAGAUGAACUUAGCGUGAGCUUGUUGAAUAUACGGGUUGGCCUUAUUCGGAAAGCUUGGAAACAUCCAUCUGCAGACAGUUUGCUGGUUGAGGAGAUUGAUAUUGGAGAAGCUAAGGCGCGUCAAGUUGUCAGUGGUUUGGCAAAGUAUUGUAGUCCUGAUAGCUUGACGAAUCGUCUUGUAGUGCUGGUUACAAACGUGAAACCAGGAAAACUGAGAGAUGUUCUGUCGGAAGGACUGGUGCUCUGUGCUUCUAAUGAAGAUCACUCCGUUGUUGAACCUUUGCUCCCACCUGAAGGGGCCCAAAUCGGCGAACAGAUUUCCUUCUCAGGGAUUGAUGGGAAGCCCGAGGAUGUUCUAAACCCGAAGAAGAAGCAGUUGGAGAAGAUAACACCGAAUCUUUACACAGAUGAGAAGGGAGUGGCCACAUUCAAAGGAAUACCAUUCAUGACAUCUGCAGGGCCUUGCACUUCCUCCAUCCCGAAGGCAUCAAUCAAGUGAAUGCGAGUAGAAGAAAGUCAUCCUUGGUCGUCCACAUUUAUUAUUCCAGAUCUUUGUUUCGGUUUUCACCUCGAGUGCACUAGAAUGAUUCUGGCAUCAUUGUAAAGAUCCGUCAUCCUUGAGUUCGAUCAUAUCUUAUUCAUGGUCGACACUGGUAUAAAUCGAGCCAAAUUCAUAAAGGGAGUGAUACUUGGGACUGUUCUACGUGUUGAAUCAAUUGAAACCGACUGAAGUGGGUGUC